AUGGCUCCCACAAAGAAAGGUGGUGAGGAGAAGAAGAAGGGACAUUCCGCCAUUAAUGAGGUAGUGACUAGAGAAUACACCAUCAACAUUCACAAGUGCAUCCAUGGCACGGAUUUCAAGAAGCAUGCCCCUCAGGCACUCAAAGAGAUCCGGAAAUUUGCUGUGAAGGAGAUGGGAACUCCAGAUGUGUGCAUUGACACCAGGCUCAACCACGCUCUCUGGGCCAAAGGAAUAAGGAAUGUUCCAUACCGUAUCCAUGUGCAGUUGUCCAGAAAACAUAAUGUGGAUGAAUAUUCACCAAACAAGCCCUAUAUGUUGGUUACCCACGUACCUGUCACCACCUUCAAAAAUCUACAGGCAGUUAAUGUGGAUGAGAACUAA